AGGAGGCCGGGCGCGGGCGGGGGCUGGCCACACGUUGGGCGCCAGGCCCGGGGCUGUGGGCACAGUGCCCAGCCCCCGGCGCACGCCGAGCCGCCGCUGCUGCAGUCGGCAUCCAUCAGCGGGCGGGGGUGUCACGGAACAGGCUGCUCCGCAGAGCUCGCCGCGCGCCCCGCCCCGAGGCCUGCCACCCGGAGGAGCCGAGGGGGCGCCUCACACCCAGACUUCCCGAGAUGGGGACCUCCAGGCUCAGGCGUGCUGGUCACCAUGACAACAGAGACAGGCCCCGAUUCUGAGGUGAAGAAAGCUCAGGAAGAGGCCCCGCAGCAGCCUGAGGCCGCCGCUGCCGCUGUGACCACCCCGGUGACCCCUGCAGGCCACGGCCACCUGGAGGCCAACUCCAAUGAAAAGCAUCUGCCCCAGCAGGACACUCGGCCUGCUGAACAGAGCCUAGACAUGGAGGAGAAGGACAACGGGGAGGCCGACGGCCUGUCAGAGAGGACCACGCCCAGCAAGGCCCAGAAGUCGCCCCAGAAGAUUGCCAAGAAAUACAAGAGUGCCCUCUGCCGAGUCACUCUGCUCGACGCCUCUGAGUAUGAGUGUGAGGUGGAGAAACAUGGCCGGGGCCAGGUGCUGUUCGACUUGGUCUGUGAGCACCUCAACCUGCUGGAGAAGGACUACUUUGGCCUGACCUUCUGUGACGCUGACAGCCAGAAGAACUGGCUGGACCCGUCCAAGGAAAUCAAGAAGCAGAUCCGGAGCAGCCCCUGGAAUUUUGCCUUCACAGUCAAGUUCUACCCCCCUGACCCUGCCCAGCUGACAGAAGAUAUCACAAGAUACUACCUGUGCCUGCAGCUGCGGGCGGACAUCAUCACAGGCCGGCUGCCCUGCUCCUUUGUCACGCAUGCCCUGCUGGGCUCCUACGCCGUGCAGGCCGAACUGGGCGACUAUGACGGAGAGGAGCAUGUGGGCAACUAUGUCAGCGAGCUCCGCUUCGCCCCGAACCAGACCCGAGAGCUGGAGGAGAGGAUCAUGGAACUGCACAAGACAUACAGGGGCAUGACCCCCGGAGAAGCAGAAAUCCACUUCCUGGAGAAUGCCAAGAAGCUCUCCAUGUACGGAGUAGACCUGCACCAUGCCAAGGACUCUGAGGGCAUUGACAUUAUGUUAGGGGUCUGUGCCAAUGGCCUGCUCAUCUACCGGGACCGCCUGAGAAUUAACCGCUUCGCCUGGCCCAAGAUUCUCAAGAUCUCCUACAAGAGGAGUAACUUCUACAUCAAGAUCCGGCCUGGGGAGUAUGAGCAGUUCGAGAGCACCAUCGGCUUUAAGCUCCCAAACCACCGGUCGGCCAAGAGGCUGUGGAAGGUCUGCAUUGAGCACCACACGUUCUUCCGGCUGGUGUCCCCCGAGCCCCCACCCAAGGGCUUCCUGGUGAUGGGCUCCAAGUUCCGGUAUAGUGGGAGGACCCAGGCACAGACCCGCCAGGCCAGCGCUCUCAUUGACCGGCCCGCACCCUUCUUCGAGCGUUCCUCCAGCAAACGGUACACCAUGUCCCGCAGCCUUGAUGGAGCAGAGUUCUCCCGCCCAGCAUCUGUCAGUGAGAACCAUGACGCAGGACCUGAUGGUGACAAGCGGGAGGAAGAUGGCGAGUCUGGGGGACGGCGAUCAGAGGCUGAGGAGGGAGAGGUCAGGACCCCCACCAAGAUCAAGGAGCUAAAGUUCUUAGACAAGCCCGAGGACGUCUUGCUGAAGCACCAGGCCAGCAUCAACGAGCUCAAGAGGACCUUGAAGGAACCCAACAGCAAACUGAUCCACCGGGACCGAGACUGGGAGCGGGAGCGCAGGCUGCCUUCCUCGCCCGCCUCCCCCUCCCCCAAGGGCACGCCCGAGAAAGCCAGCGAGUCCCAGAGGACCCAGGACACCUCUCAGCAGGAUUUGGCACCUGAGCCUGGGACGGCCACAGGCUUGGAAGUGUUCACUCAGAAAAGCCUCGCAGCGUCUCCUGAGAGAGCAGGGCUGAGGGAGGGCUCGGAGGAGAAGGUCAAACCGCCUCGUCCCAGGGCCCCCGAGAGUGACACAGGAGACGAGGACCAGGACCAGGAGAGGGACGCGGUGUUCCUGAAGGAUAACCACCUGGCCAUUGAGCGUAAGUGCUCCAGCAUCACGGUCAGCUCCACGUCCAGCCUGGAGGCUGAGGUCGACUUCACCGUCAUCGGCGACUACCACGGCAGCGCCUUCGAAGACUUCUCCCGCAGUCUGCCUGAGCUCGACCGAGACAAGAGUGACUCAGAAACGGAGGGCCUGGUGUUCUCCCGGGAUCUCAGCAAGAGGGGCCCCAGCCAGGACGACGACUCCGGGGGCGUGGAGGACAGCCCCGACCGAGGGGCCUGCUCCACCCCGGAUAUGCCCCAGUUUGAGCCCGUGAAAGCGGAAACCGUGACUGUCAGCAGCCUGGCCAUCAGGAAGAAGAUUGAGCCAGAGGCUGUGCUGCAGACCAGAGUCACCGCUGGGGACACCCAGGUUGAUGGGACUGUCCCAGGGGGGAAGGAGUUCCUAACAACUACACCCUCCAUCACCACAGAGACCAUAUCGACCACCAUGGAGAACAGUCUCAAGUCCGGGAAGGGGGCAGCUGCCAUGAUCCCAGGCCCACAGACGGUGGCCACGGAAAUCCGUUCUCUUUCUCCGAUCAUCGGGAAAGAUGUCCUCACCAGCACCUACGGCGCCACUGCGGAAACCCUCUCCACCUCCACCACCACCCAUGUUACCAAAACUGUGAAAGGAGGGUUUUCCGAGACAAGGAUCGAGAAGCGAAUCAUUAUCACCGGGGACGAAGAUGUUGAUCAAGACCAGGCCCUGGCUUUGGCCAUCAAGGAGGCCAAACUGCAGCAUCCCGACAUGCUGGUGACCAAAGCUGUCGUGUACAGAGAAACAGACCCAUCCCCGGAGGAGAGGGACAAGAAGCCACAGGAAUCCUGACCUCUGUGAAGAGAUGCUGGCAUUUCUGGUCCAACCCAAGCCAGAGAACCGUUAAGAAGGGGCCUUCGUUCUGGAUUCUCCGACUCAACACCGACGUCCCAGCUGCGAUGUACUGUCACUGAUGAGAGACCGGGAAAGGAAAAGCAUAUAAAUAUAUAUAUAGAUAUAUAUAGAUAUAGAUAUAUAUACAGGAAACACUGCGUCCUUGCACUGCUUCUGGGGGCUGGCCAAGCCGUCGGCCAACUGCAGCAACCAACAUCGGAACAGCUACAUUUCCUUUGCAGACAAAUUGAAGAAUUGGUGGGAUUUUUCAGGGAAAAAAAAUUAUAAUGCCGGUAAUCCCUUGCUGUCCCCUUCGAAGCCCUGUGGAACAACACAAGCAAGCCGGACCACGAGGACUGUAGAGGUGCAGUGUGACCUGCACGUCACAUCUGGUGGACAAACACUCCAUUUGUUCUGCAGCGUCUGUUGCCCACCCAAGUGCAAAGGAAUAUCCCUUCUGCAGCAAAGCAAGAUAAGUCGCAGCAGCAAGACAUGCGCCGUCAACAGUUUUCCGAGAGAGAAAGAAAAUUCCCCACGUGGAGAGGAGGAGGAGGAACGCUGGGUCAUUCCUUCAUGGGUCUUGACACUGGGCUGCAAAAUCCAACUUCCUUUCCUCUGCUUCCCCUCCCCGUCACGAGUCCUGUCGUCAUUUUCUGUCUCGGCUCCCUCCGCCUUCUCUCCCAACCCUGUCCCUCUCACUGUCUGUGUCCUGGUCCUGCUGAGGGCCACUGCAGAUGACUGUCAUUUGAAAUGAGGAAAAAAAAAAAAAAAGGAAAAGAAAGCAAGAACAGAAAACCAAGCCACAGGAAGGGAAGUAGACAUUGUAUGUUUAUGGGUUCUCAUUAUGAAGGUGCAGCUUGUAGGAGAUUUGUAUGGAUGUGCUUUUAAGUUAUGUAUAUUACAUAUAACGGGAAACAAAUAUGAAAAUAAACAGUGCUGGUAAGUAUGAAGCCGACAUUUUAAAAUUAUAAUUAUCUGACUGUGAUUGAUGUAUCCCAAGGUUCCUAGGUCUCACUGAACUGGCCGGCCGAGGAGACCUGGACUCUGGCUGAAGGAGAUGACGGUUCAGUGUAGUAAUACAGUGUGUGAUGUUUGUCAUUGGUUGAUUGGUGGGGAGGGGAGGGGUCCCCAAAAGGAGAGGCCGGGGUUUGGCAAGAAGGAAGCAACACAGGUGUAGUCCAAGAUGCCUUCUCCCCUAGGCGGUGGUGCAGGGCCUGGCCUGUGCUCAGCUGCAGGGUCCAGAGUUAGGAUUUUGCUGCAGACCCCCUGGCUCAGUCCCCCCACCUCCCUCGGGGGCUUGCCUCAGUUUUCAGUCCUCUAUUUUUUUUGCCACAUGUCUUGCCUUUCCCUGACCGAAUCGUGACAGAUGACUCCCAUCCUAAGGGGGGUGACGCCCCCCCAGCCGUUGCAGAGGACGGUGGCUUUAACCUGGCUGGCUGAAAGCCCCCAGCUCAGCCCUUUCCUUUACCGCUCCUGUAUUCUGUCAGAAUCAUUCUCUCCUUCCUGGGCCAAAGCAGCCAUGGUAGAGACCGUGAACCCAUGGUGGGCCCUGAUAGGUCACAAGUGCAUUCCCGAAGGCUUCGCCUGCCCCUGAACAAGCUGAGGAUAAAAGGUGGUGCUGCCCAAAGGCCCCAUCUACACAUAGAUCCUGGCCUUGGAGGCCUCGCCUUUAGUCGGAGUCCAAGUGCUGAGCCCGUGCCCUCGGAGCCCCAGCUAUUGCCUCAAGACCACAGAUGCCCUUGGAGAAAUCCCAUCAGAAGCCUGGUCCCUAGGCCCCCGGCCACGAGCAGCUUCCCUGAGCUCGGUGAGUCCCCUUCCGAGGGAGUGUGUCCACCCCUCUGCUGCACUUGAAUUUUUCAGUCCCAUCUCAUCUCCCCAGUCCAGCUCCUAAAAGAGUUGAUAAAUUUGUUCAGCGAAUAUAUAUAUUAAGCACCUACUUGUACCAGGUACUAUUCAUGGACUGAAAGAGAGUGGGGGAGGGGAGGACAUGGAGGCACCGGGCAAGUCCCCUGGGCCAGCCUUACAUUUCCAGCCAUGGCUGGCCCUCCGGAGGGCAUGUCCACGUUCUCUCCAAUUAUUGAACAUUGCCCAGAGAGGGUCCAGGCUUGCUGAUCAGUUUCCCCAAGGGCACAUAUGAUUAGCUCCUUAGUUGGUGCUGACCUGAGGCAGAACAAGAAACCAAAAUAGUUUUCCUCUGUAGACAAAAAUGGGAUGGAGAGAGGGCAGAGAGUCCUGAACCCGGGGGUCAGAGGGCAGAGUCAGCCACGUGCCCCCAGAGCGGGCCAGUGGUCCAUGCCCGCUCCCGAGUGUGACAGCAUACUCUUCAUGCACCAGGUCCUCUUCACACUCCUGGUCAAAAAAGUGCAGAACCUCCUUUUUGCCCUUCUCAACCCAAGAGUUCCCACUCUUUCUGGGCCCAGAGCUGGACUGGCUCCACCCUCUCUGGGCCACCCAGAAUUUGGCUUAGACACCCCAUCUCUGUGAGACCCAGACAUUCUGAACAUACUUCAGAGGGAGAAUUUUUUUCUGGGUCCUCCACCUUCCCACAGACCCUGGGUGUGUGGCUUCAGUGCAGGGAUGAAGCGACUAGGCUUAGCUCAUAGGCCAGCCAGGGUUUGUGAAGGCCUCUGUACCAUACGUGCUCUGACCUUCCUUCCACGGACAGGCAAGCGGUGCUGCCAGGGAGGAGGGGAGCUGCAAAUCUAAAAUCUAGGGCACUGUUCCCUCCCCAUCCUCCUCUUCAUAGAGAAUAUAGACGUUCAUCUUGUCUGUCUUGAACCUACUUUUCUUUUUUUCUUUUUUGUGUUUCUCAUCUUUUCUAUGCUGCCUGUCCACCCAAGAGACCAUGCAGCAUAGUGGGAAACAUCCCGGAGGGCAGCCGAGAGUGCUGGGUGGCCAUCCCGGCUUGGCACCUGACUCGCCAUGUGACACUGAGCUAGGCCCAUGCCCUCUUUGGGGCCGCAGUUUCCACACUUGUAAAAUGAUGAGGAUAAACCAGAUGCUCUCCAGGGUCUUUUUCCACCCUCCCAUCCUACAGAUUUUCAUUCUAUUUUGUUUCUCGGGAUCUUUUCCCUCUGAGGGUACAGGAAGUGCCAGGACCUGUUUCAGUCUUUGAAUCCAGCAAGCACAUUCCAAGACUGGCCUGAAAUUGCAUGAGCAACAUCACUCAUUUUUUUUUUUCCAAAGUACCUUACCAACCAAUGCAAUGCUGUCCUGUUCCUUUUUACUCACACCCCUCUCUCCUCUCUGGUCCCCACGCUUCCCCACCUCAGUGCUCCGUGCUGUAUGCGUGUGCUCUCUGUUCUUGUAUACUCAAUAAAAGUGAAAUAAAUGUGUUUGAUGCUGAA